AUGGCCCAAGGGGAAGACUCGAUACACAAAUACGACAGAGAAGAUCCAUUUGGUAAGGUAUUGCGAAGGGAGCGGGGGUGCGAGACGGGGGAGACACGGAUUAAGCGCUUGAGAGAAGAGCGAAAUGCGGUCCAAAUUUCCAAGGCAAUCGACGUGGCACUCAAUCAACAGGAACGUGAUACUGGCGACAAGAUCAAGCAUGAUGUCCGGAUGCUGCUCCUUGGUGCAUCAGGUAGUGGCAAGAGUACGUUUUGCAAGCAAGUUCGAAUGUUGUACGAAUCCUUGGCAGUCACCUCAGAGCGCAAUGCGUGGAAGCAUGUCGUACACGGGAAUAUUUUCAGCAACGUUUCCUCCCUUCUUGAGUUCCUUGACAGACACAACCCAUCAUCAUCAAACACAACCAUGAACACGUUCAAGGGAGAGAAUCCAGAAGUGAGGCUCGAGGAACAUGACGACGACCUGGCACGGCUCAAAGGCGAACUGCAUGCCAUGCUACAAACUUUCCUCGCGACAUUCAGCCGCAAAGGGCCGGAAGAUCCAGACCAGAGGCCAAAUCCGUUAAUGGAUUGGAUUUUCUUGCAUGGGGGUGAGCUCUAUGUUCGCCCAGGCUGGCAGGAUGCGUUGUUGGGACUCUCGAACCGAGCGACAAAUGACAUCACAGGAUCGGAUCAAGAUCAUCAACAAGAUCUAUUACAAUCCCAUCGACAAGAACCAAAUACCUUUGUCAUUACAAGCGCACAGAAGAUCAUGGCGCUAUGGGAGCAUCAAAUCGUACAGGAGAUAGUCCGUGCUCAUGCGCCUUUUCUCCAAUAUGCACCUGGAUUCUUCUUGGAUGACAUGGAACGCAUCAGCUCGGACCGUUACUCUCCCAGUCAUGAGGAUAUCUUGAGGUGCCGUUCACGAACGAUUGGGAUCGAAGAGACGACAGUCACGAGGCAUACUGCUCCUCGAAACUCGAAACUGGUGCUAUAUGAUCGGCUCAAAGUCUGGCCUCGAUACUUCGAGGAUCUGCAUGCCAUCGUGUACCUGUUCGAUCUAUCCUGCUUCGACGAGCUAGAGGGUAAGAAGAACCGGAUGGUCACUGCAAUCGACGACUUCAGUGCCGUAUGUCGGAAUCACGAGCUACGCAAAGCCAACAUCAUCGUCCUAUUCACCAAGGUCGACUUGCUGCAACGAAAGCUAGAGAGUGGGAUCAAGAUCCGGGAUCAUAUAACGUACGGCACCGCUCGAGCCAACGACGUCAAAGUAGCGAAAUCAUACUUCGAAGAACAGAUCAGGGCCAAGUUCGAAGCAGCCAUCAUCGAGUGUCUCCGGGCCGGGAGCCAGAGAGCACGCGAGCGUCAGCUACGCGUGUGCACUGCCAACCUGCUAGACACUGCCGAUGCUCGCAGGGCGAUCAGAGACGCCGAGUCGUCUGCGGCUGGGAAACCCCUAGCUCGCUGGAGAACCGUCCUUGAGCGAGAAGACGUCGCGUGGAAAGAGCAAGCCGAAAAGAUGGAACCGCUCAGCCGGUAA